ACCACCAGCUUACAUAUCACGCGUUAUUAUUUAACCCCACCACCCUUUUCUUCCCCUCUUUGGGAUCGAUCCAUACUUGCUUUAUUUUUAUACGGCGGUCACCACCACCGUCGGCGAUCAUCUUUCUCCGAUCAACUACCGUCAACACAAGGUUGACCAAAAAGAUGUCAACGCCUGCAAGAAAGAGAUUAAUGAGGGAUUUUAAGAGGUUGCAGCAAGACCCACCUGCUGGAAUUAGUGGUGCUCCUUAUGAUAACAAUAUUAUGCUCUGGAAUGCUGUUAUUUUUGGGCCGGAUGACACCCCUUGGGAUGGAGGUACGUUCAAGCUGACUCUUCAGUUUUCAGAAGAUUAUCCAAACAAGCCACCAACAGUGCGUUUUAUUUCCCGAAUGUUUCAUCCCAACAUUUAUGCAGAUGGAAGCAUAUGCCUGGACAUCCUUCAAAAUCAGUGGAGUCCCAUUUAUGAUGUUGCUGCUAUUCUGACAUCAAUUCAGUCAUUGCUCUGUGAUCCAAAUCCAAACUCACCAGCCAACUCAGAAGCUGCACGGCUGUUCAGUGAGAACAAGCGCGAGUAUAACAGAAAAGUGCGAGAAGUGGUUGAGCAGAGCUGGACAGCUGACUAAGAAUUCAUAUGAUUGCUGGGCGGCGCUCGGUUGGGAAAGCCCAUGUGUCUCCUCCUGGUAGGGUGGUCUGUCUGUAUCUCUGUAAUAUUCGUGUUUGAGAACUACUGAUACAGCAAUAAUGAAUGUUUUCUGAAACUAUGUUUGUUAUAAAAAUUGUAGGGAUCUUAAGCUUC